AUGUCACUCACGAGAAAACCAACAUGGCCGCCCUUUGAGAACCGUGCUCGCUGGGAGGAAUGCGUGCGCGCUUCGCGUCACCCGCUGCGUGCGUAGUGUGAGCAAGCCUUGUCGGGGCGCCGCGGCGGCAGCGGAAGCAGCACGGCACCAGCCGACCCUCGACAUCGGGAGUCGCCAGGUGGCCUGGUGGAGUCCGGUGGGGGGCCUGGCUGAGGGGCGCGGGGGCGCAUGACGAGCCGGCGGCAGCCGGGGGGCCCUCCCUCGGCUUCGGAGGCGGCCCCCCGGUCGCUGUGCGUGGCCGUGGUGGGCCUGAGCGGCACCGAGCGCGACAAGGGCCCCACGGGCGUGGGCAAGUCGUGCCUCUGCAACCGCUUUGUGCGGCCCCGCGCCGACGACUACCACACGGACCACAUCUCGGUGCUGAGCCAGACGGACUUUGGGGGCCGCGUGGUCAACAACGACCACUUCCUGUACUGGGGCGAGGCCCGGCGGCCCCUGGCGGACGCGGCCGACAGCACCGGGAUGCCCGAGCUGAGCGUGCAUGUGGUGGAGCAGACCGAGUUCAUCGACGACUCGUCCUUCCAGCCGUUCCGCAGCGGCAAGACGGAGACGUACCUGAAACGGUGCGCGGCCCUGCGCCUCUGCUCGGCGGAGAAACUCAUGUAUGUGUGCAAGAGCCAACUGGGCAUCGAGAAGGAGUUUGAGCAGCGGCUCAUGCCUGAGGGCCGCCUUAACGUGGACGGCUUUGUGUGUGUGUACGAUGUGAGCCACGUGCCCGGGAGGCCGGCCGACAAGCAGGCAGAGUUUGCGGCUACCCUGCUGCAAACGCUGGUGCGUACCCGGAAACCUGUUGUGCUGGCCGCCACCAAGACGGACGAGGCCUGCGAGAUGCACCUACGCGAGGCUGAGCGCCUUGUGGCCCGCAAGGAGCUCAGGGGCCAGGUUCCACUGGUGGAGACGUCAGCCCACGAGAAUGUGAAUGUGGAUCUGGCAUUUCUGCUGGUGGCACAGUUGGUGGACCGGGGUGCCAAGGGAUCAAGUCGCUGGGGGGGACGGGUGCCAUCAUUCCUCGAGGCCAGCCGGGCACGCCGUGAGGCCCUCGACCAGGCGACCGACGCCUUCCAGGCGCUGGUGAGAGCCCAGGUGACUGACCCGCGCGCACAGUGGGCGGGUUGGAGCCAAAGGCUCCUGGGAGCGCCAGAGUGCGAGCGCUUCUGUUCCCUGUUUGGCCGAGCGGCAGCGCGGCUAGCCUUUGAGAAACAUGUGCGGCGACUACGGGAGGAGCACACGGCGCGUCGCGUCCGGGGCUUCCUCCGGGCCCUUCCCACGGCCUUGGCCCAGCUGCUACCCAACCGGGAUGCCCUGGGUGACAGCGAUUGGUCGACGGUGAAGGAGGAACUGCUGCGGCCGCACGCGGAUUUUGAGCAGUACUUUGUGGACGACGGAGGCGAGUGGGAGGACCGGUCGCCCGUGGAUGACCAGGAGGAAGAGGAAGACGGUCGCAUCCCGUAUGCCCUGCUGGAUCGGCCCGAGGCCGAGGCCUGCUUCCAGGAGCACCGGGCCGCCCUGGAGACCGAGGAGCGGCGUCAGGAGCUGCGGCGCCAGUUUCGGCAGCUGCUCGAGGAGACGGGUUACGUGACGCCCGGCAAGAGCUUGGGCGAGGUGCGCGUCCUGUUCAUGGGACGUGAGUGCUACGAGCAGCUGCCCGAGGCCGACCUGCUCGAGGUGUACGAGGAGCACCAGCAAGAAAUGACGGAGCGCGCCCGGUGCCAGUUCCAGGAACUGCUGCUGGAGCACGCCGAGCUCUUCUACGAGUUUGCCAAUGUGGGGCCUGGCAGUGUUAUCACCCAGGAAGAUAUCGCCAAAAUCACCGAAGCCCUCCAGGAGGACUCCAGGUACAAGACCCUUGACCGUUUGGACCAGGAGCGAAUGCUGAUGCUGCUUCGACACCUGGGCUUCGUGCACGGCCCCAUGCGGGAGCACUGCCCGGCCAAUCCGCACUGCAUGGAUGCCAUCAUCGAGCAGCUGCUGCGAGCCCACCAAGGGGGUGGCGGGGGUGGUGCAUGGAGCCCCCUGGGGGGCAAUGGCCGCCUUCUGCAGCUGGUCGUGCUAGGCUCCGGGGGCGCUGCCCAGCAGGUGGCCCAGGCCAUGCGCGAGGCCCACGGGGCCGCCUUUCGGCUCGACGACAAGGGCGCCCAGUACGCGCUCGACUUUCGGAUCGUCGACGGCGACGUGGGCCUGCCACACAACUCCUUCCGCACGGACCUGCCGCACGGCUGCCUCUGCGUCUACUCGAGCCAGCAGAGCCUCGAGUACAUCCGCGAGAGCCUCGAGAAGACUCUGCUGGCCAACCUGGAGCAGGACGACCGGCUGCCCUUCCACGGGCUGCCCCUGGUCAUCGUGUAUGCCGGCCCCGCCGACCCGUCGCUGCGCCAGGAGGGCAUCAACCGCGCCAAGAGCCUGCAGUGCCCCUUUGUGGACGUUGGGGGUUUGGACCCUGUGCGACUGGAGCAAGCCCUGGCCGCCCUGGUAGAGAGCAUCCAGCGGCGGGCAGGUCGCCUGCACAUCUACCAGUCGCUGCCUCCUCCGUCCGAGGGGGGCGCCUCCCGGCCAGACCUACGUCUUCUACUCUGCAUGCUUUGCGGGGACCCUUACGCUCCAGAGCAUGUCCUGGCACCCCUCCUGGCGCACCCAGGGUCUGUGGCCACGGGACCCCACUGCCUCAGCCUGGAGACCUUCCUGGGCAGCAGCAAGCGCUCCGUCCAGGUUCGGCUGGCGUCGUACCACGAGGCGUCGGCCUACCGCGACCACUUGCUGCACGGCUUUGUGCUGGUCUACUCGGCCCAGCGGCGGGCCUCGCUGGCGACCCUGAGCGCCUUUGCCAAAGGGCUGGCGGGCAUGCCCAUGCAGAUCGUGGCGGUCACGGAGGCCGCCAGCGCCGCCUCGGCCUUCUUCUCGAGCGAGCUGGCCCAGCAGCUGAUGCGCGACGGCAACGCCCUGGCCGACCAGCUGCAGGCCCACUUUGCCACCUCGUCGACGGCCGCCCCCCACAAGGGGGCUUUCUAUCAGGCCUUCUUCAAGGAAGCCUGGGAGCGCAAGCCCCAGGUCGAGCGCGCCUUCUACCGCGACGAAGACGACGAGGACGACGAGGAUGAGGAGUCACCCGAGGGUGGGGCCCCGCCCGUGCCCAGCCGCCAGGAGUCGUACCACCUCACCGGCGGGGGAGGACAGCACGACGGGCUGUCGGGCGAGGGCUUGUACGAGCAGCUGCCGUCGGAAGGGGGCUCCUCGUCAUCCCCCCCUGGCCGGGGCGGUGCAUCCCUGAGCAGCGACAACGAGGCGCCACCCGAGAACGGCACCGACCAUCUGGUGCGGCCCUCCCAGCUGCGCAAGCGCCGGAGCCUACAGGCCGAGCUGUACCGGCAGCAGCCGUACCCGAGCUCGGAUUCCCUAGAGAGCCGAGUGCCACCGGCUCCACCUACACUGGUCACUUUUGGUGGAGGAGGAGGCGGACCCUCCCCCUUGUCGGCACCCCCUCCACCGCCCCUUGCCGAAGCGGCCCCUCGCUGUGCUCCGCCUCCUCGGCUGUGCACCACGGGUCGGCGGUCGCAGUCUCGGGAUGCACCCCCUCCGCCUAGCUUUCCGACGGCUGGCCUGCGAAAGUCCAGCAGUCUCAAGGCAUCCUACGGCCUGGGGGUGGGUCGCGCGGCCCCCGUCGUACCACCCGUGGCGCCAGUGCCCACCGAGGAGCAGGACGCCACACACUCCGACAGCAUCACCGACGAUGACGACACCAUCUCCUCCUCGGGUCUAAGUGCCAGCUGUGACUUCCUGCAGGGGGUGUAUCCUCCGCCCCCCGAACCGGCGCCGCCGGACUUUUCCGCCUCGGCCCGGCUUCAGAAGGGCCCCUCCAUCUCUUCAGAGGCUGGAUCUCAGGAGUCCCUGGGCAUGGAUACAGGUGGUGGUGUCUGGGCAGACCCCUUUCCCUAUGCGGGACGAGGCGACGAGUGGCCAGCGUCAGAGCUGUACUACCAGAGGACGGGCUCCAAGCAGGCCCCACCCCUCAAGCCCAAGCCCAAGGGUCACCACCAGCAGCAGCCGGGCAAACUGAAUCUGCGGCAGUUUGACCACCUGACGGAAGCCAUCAGCCGACUGCAGCUGUCGGGGCCAGGUCACAAGCCUCCCCUCGCACUACCAGAUGAGGAUGCUCCUUUACCACAGGAUGCGGUGUACGGUGGUGGCGUGGAACGAGCGGCUCUUCUGCUGCCAGAAGGCAAACACCGUGUCCGUUCCCUGGCACGCCGACAUGCCAGCCGAGAGCACGACAAAGCAGUGGCAGCAGAAUCUGACUCGGACAGUGAGUGGAGCUCUCUCGAACGACACCCCGGCCGCCCUCCCGGGUGCGCCCCCCGCCGACCGCCGGCACCCCACCGCAGGGGGCGCCACCGUCGCCAUCGGGGUGGCAGCAUCCCCGUGGCGCCCCCGCGCAUCCCAGCGCUGCCUCCGUACCCGGAUGCACCGCUGGUGCCAUCAGCCGCAGCAGCCAAGGCCAAGCUGCCCGGCAUGCUGCCUACGGACGACAGCGUCGCAUAUGACAGUGCCACGCUUGGAGAGCUGGCGGCAGGUGCCAGGCAGUUACUAAAGGACAAGAGUACAACACGAAAGAAGGACGAGCGGAAGAAGGCUCGGGAGGACGAGAAGACGGAGAAGCGCCGUCUCAAGGAAGAGGGGCCACAUAGAGCGGCCACCUCUGACUAUUGCUCGUGCAAGACAGCCGGAUUUCGGGGCGCAGUCUCGCGGCUCAAGUGUUCUUCGUACAGCGUUGAAGGGUCUCGCACGGUGCAGGAGCGGCAGAAGCGGCUAACGGAGAAGAAGAAGAAGAAGCAGGGAAGCAGCCCCGCCGGGGUGGCCCCCGCGCCCGCGCUGGAGGAGUUUGCCCAGUCGGAGGCCGUGCGCACCCCGCUCUUUGUAGAGCAGUGCGUGCGCUUCAUCGAGCAGGAGGGCCUGGACUCGGAAGGGCUGUACCGGGUGCCAGGCAACAGGGCGCACGUGGAACUGCUGCUGCAGCGCCUCGACGAGGGCGCCGACCUGGUGGCCGAGCUGGGCUCCUCCGAGUUGCCCGUCAACGCGGUGGCCACCGCCCUCAAGGACUUCUUCUCCAAGCGGCUGCCCCCGCUGCUGUCGCACGCCCACAUGGCGCGCCUCACCGAGAUCGCAGGCCUGUCUGACCGCAGCUGCCGGCUGCUGGCCCUGAGGGAGCUCAUCAAGAGCCUGCCGCCAGCAAACUUCGAAAUCCUCAAGUUCAUCUUCCAGCAUUUUGUCCGGGUGGCCGAGAACUGCCGCCUGAACAGCAUGGACAGCAAGAACCUGGCCAUCUGCUGGUGGCCAACGCUGCUGCCGCUCGAGUUCAGCGACAUGGGCGUGUUCGAGCGCGUGCGACCGCACCUCGAGGACGCCGUGCAGACCAUGAUCGACCAGUUCCGCUUCCUCUUCUGCGACCAGGACGAGGUGCUCAGCGUCUGACCGCUCCUUUUGUUUUUUCUAUUGCUGUCGCCGCCGCUGCUGCUGUUGCUGCUACUGCUACCACUACUCCGGCGCUGCUUGUCUUGGGUCUGGGCCGGCUGGCCAUCUUCGAACGGUGCGUGGCAUCAGCGUCCUCCCCGGACGGCCCCGUGGUGUUCCUCCCGUGGCCCCGUCUCGUGCCGACCCCGCAUUUUCGGUUGCUGCCACCACCACAUCUGAGGAAGCUUUGUGUCGGGGGCCGUCAAGAAUCUCAUGUGGCCGACAUCAAGUGCUGUGUGUGCGUGUGUGUGUGCGCGCGCACGUUCGUGGCGGUGCUGCGACACUCUUAAUUUAUUUGUUGAUUUAUGCUGCGGCUGUGCGGAGAGGCGCUGUGCCCGGCUGGGGGCCGAGGUUUUUUUUUUUUUUCUGUCGUUUUUUAUUUUUUUUUAUUUCCUCGGCGCAACCCUGUGAUACUUGUACAUUUUAUUCCUCCAAGGUCCCAUGUACAUUUGUUCCCACGCCUAGUUUUUUCUUCCCAGCAUUGUUUCUGUUUUCGUCGUCUUUUGUACAGAGCAAGCAUUUUUGUGGCAGGAAAAGGGGGUGGGGCGCUGGUGUGUUCGCUCUUGGCACCUCUGGCUGUGGAACGAAGUGACCCACUCUCGGCUGCCGUCGGCUCCCACCGUCUUCUUCAAGCCUCCCCCUUUGUAUUCCUUGCUUCGUCCUUCCCCACUUGCCCGGAACAAUCUUCCGUGCGCUUGUGGAAAGCUUUCUUCCUUUUUUAUGUGUUUUAUCAGGCCAAGGUGUUUGCUGCCACGUGAAAAUCAAAGGCACCCAAUCAUGACACUUUAACUGAAGAGUUGGUGCAGCAUAAUUAUUUGCAGCUUUUAUUCUUUUCUUGUUCUUUUUUUUCUCCUCGUGACACCUCGUAUUGCUGCGAGGAGCUUGAGGUCUUUUUCAGUGGGUGGAGGUGUGACUGUGUGACUUAGUAGGAGACUUUUUUUUUUCUGAAAUGUUAGGCCAGCUUUUGAAUGAGGACACCUACAUGACCGAAAACAUGGCGACGAUGCUAUUUGCAAUAUGUUGACGUGCGCAUGCAAAAAUUAUCUUGAAAGUGCUCCACAUCAUAACUUCUCAUUUUGACUGAGUGUUUGCCAUAACAUUCUGGGUAAUAACGCAUCACUAAAGAGGAAGCUUCACUGUUUCCACAUGGGGUCUAUCUCAUUGUCUGACACAAUCCUUGUGCAAAAGCCAUGACGAAGGCAUUCACCUUGCCAUUGUGGCGCAGAGAAAACAUCGACAUCAUUUGCUGCAAAAGUUGGCCAACAAAUAUACAGUAGCCGACUGUCUUUUCAUUCCUGAGGAGUUACUCAAAACUCCGUUAGUAUCUUAUGCCAACAUCCAGAAGGUACUUCAAGGGAGUACCAACACAUAGUAUUUUCGACGUUAAAGCUUCUCAUAUUGAAAAGGAUGACACUGGCUGGAAUAAAAAAUGAUGAAAACAUGCAUUUUAAUUUUAUGCUGAAGUUUGUCUCAAAAUGCCUAACCACCUGGCAUCAUUGGCAUUAUCGAUUUGACAUUGCGUCAUCUUUGAUCUGUGCCGUGACGGCAUGCCAUUGUGACGCUGUGUCAUAAUGCAGAGCAAAAUUUAGUGACGACAUGCUUCAAUCAGACUAGGUAGUAUGACACUGCUCAUAAAAACAUAAUUGGAAUUCGGCACGCAUUUCUUUUUGGCUAUGCUCGCUUGUGGCAAUCGUAGCGAUCGCAGGAACGGGGCCAGCCAACCUAUCACUAUAUCGUGAUGCAUUCACCUACCGGGUACCUAAACCAAAACUGGUGCCUAGAAACAAGUAUUAUUUAGAACGUUCUGAUGCUAGCUGGUAUGUUCUCUAGUGUUUAGUGGAAUUGAACGUUCAUUGAAAAAAGAAGAGUCAAAAGUGUUGCUAGUACUCCUUUGAUGCCUUUCGUUUUUUUUUUUUUUUCUACAAUAUCUGCUUGAGCAUGUUUGUGCAUUAUGUCUUACAAUGCACGUGUCAGAGCAGGUCUUCCAGUUGUGGCAUAUGAGCGUUUGGAUGCACAGAAUGACUAGACUGCACAUUGCUGGCAGUACAGCACUCAUUCAUUCGGGCAACCAUGGCAAUGCUCAUUUUUCGCAGUAGUCCUUAAGCACAUAAGCAAAAGUUCUAGUUCUGGGCUGCAGGCAGGCAUGCCAUUUCUGAUAAGCUGCUACUACCUUGUCAGCCAAACACUAUCAGACGCAGUGUUCCAAUAGGAUUGACAGUGUAAUAUGCUGAUACUCGCUGUUGCAAAGGUUGUGGUUUGCAUAGCUUGAAUGCAACCUCUGGAAAAGUCAUGGAGAUCUUGCUUAGCUCCUACGUUUACUAUUGAUUCAAUCGAAAAUCGCUUCCCAAUUAGGCCUUGUGAUCAAACAAGGAAGCUCUAUUUAUCAUCCUGCCGCAAAUUGUGCAGCUGUGCAACACUGAUACUCAUGACGUGGCAUGUUACGAGCAAAAAAUCAAACAAGCCAAUGGAUGAUUUUAACAUAUUCAAUUGCUACUGAACGUUGGCUAUUUGGACCACUAGGUGGUGCCACAACAGAGUAAAGAAUCGAUACGAGUCCACAAAUCGGUCGGUUACUGUAUAUGUAAAAAUUUGCGUACAAUUUAUCGGCAGCAAAAUUAAAUAAUGCAACGCAGCAUCCACGUAGAAUGUACCUCUGGCAUAUUUUUGGCAGUGUCAUCCAGUGUUACCGCGUUCAAAUCACGCAAUAAGCACAUUGUUGUCACGGAUGAAACCUACACCAGGGGUCAUCUGCUUUGUACAGCGACCACCUGGAACAUUAUGGCCGGGACUAGAGCACAGUCGUUACGCAGCAUAAAAUAAUAGGCACGCCGAUGCCAUAACAGCACUAUGCCGGAGAUAUGCUGGCAAUAUGUUCCAAGUGGUGGCUUCUCGCGAGUACUCAUAUGUUAGGAUCAAAACUUACAAACAUUGUCGGCAGCGUUAUUUCUAAAGCUGUGCAUUAUGGUGCCAUGGAGAGCUUUCGCUCAAUGCAUGGGCUAUGGUUUACGAAUGCUGCGCAGCUGUGGAACCUUUGAACCUUGCAAACACUUGAACCUUGUGCAUUCUAUUGAACCCAAUUCUCAGAUUCUUGCAAGGUCCACCGUGGAUUGAGUUUUCAAGCAGUUGGAAUUUGGUAAAGCUGUCGUGUUUGUAGCAGCUAACAGAAAACACAGUGUGUUGAAGUGGCUGCUGGCUUUUCUAGAGUUUGUCUUUGUCUAGCGUGCUUCACUACUACAGUUUGCUUGACUACUGUUGUGCUUCACUUAUUAGCCUUGGGAAGGCCAUGCCUGCACCUUCACCAGUUAAGCAGCAGCACCGAGCAAAGCCUAGAGCAGCUAUCUUGCCAAUACCCCUAAGAAAAGUUCCUGCCAAGCUUUACAGACCUCCUCUGCUUUUUGCUUGACAGUACCACAACACCAUUGGAGUUUCAUCAUUCACAAAGUAGUGAACAGUUGCACUGUGAUCAUUGGUGCACACAAAUAGUGUCUCCCUUUAACAUUGCUCACAAGAACUACAUAAAGACAGAAAAUUCACCUCCUUAGUGCCAUUCCAAGCAUCGUCUCGUAAAUUGAAUUUUGCCAUGAAUGUAAUGCAUGGUUGAAAAAACCACCCUCCAGUGGGCCAUUUCGCAUGAGUUUAUGGGGGUAGAUGUGUUGAAAAAAGCCUUAUAUUUUCAUUCAAUGCACUUUACUGUUCGUUGUAUUUGCUUCUGCAUCUUGUAGGGUCACGGAUUUGAUUCAAGCUUAGAGGUAUUCAAGUGAUUGCUUUGCUUGUAGUAGGCUGUUUAAACCUUAGCGCACGACAAAGAGUUCACGACCAAGAACUGUGCUGGCUCUUGCAAAAUUACUCGCAAGGAUGUGGCGGGGUAUUUUAAGUGGGCUUUUGACGAGUGUCCUCGAAGAACUUUGACCCCAAGGACAAUGGAACUGACAGACACUUUCAAUGACCAUGGCAUUGAGACAAACUACAUUUGAAAUUUGCAUUCUCCGUAGGUUACGUUGCGUGAGCCCACACAAUCAUGCCCACGGUGCCUGCAGAUUUCAACGAUCGUUCAGUCUGCUGGAUGCUGAAGGAACACAUGUGGUGGGAACAACUCGACUUGCACCAGUGCACUACUACAGUUAAAUUUCCAUCCGCCAUGGCUUCUUGCCCAUAGGAGAAAACGUACUCGUGGACAAUUUUCUGUGGCAAUGAAGGAAAGGCUACAGGUGUGUAGUACAUGGGCUACUGCGCCAAGUAGUCCGACAGAGUCUGACAGGGAUUUCUGUUUCAGUUUUUCGGAGCAUAUACGGAAUCGGCGUAGCUUGCUACUUGUGACACUUUCCCACUUGCCAAAUUGGAAAAAAGCAAAGCUAAAAUACUAAAAUUCAAAUUUAGCUUCAAGUGGUGGGUUAUGUGACAUUUUAAUAUAAUUGCUGUAUUAGUUAACAUGUUUGUGUUCUCUCUUGCCCAGCUUAAGUUCCAAUAAGACUGGGAGCUCUGUCGCAUGUCCGCUUCCACUCUGUACCAUACCCUUCAUUGUCACAGAAAGUUUUUCAUAAGUCUAGUAGUAUGGCUGCAGUGUGGGUCCACAUGUUUUGCAUCAUGUUUUUAAUUUCCAUUCUUUUAUAUUUUAGGACCAAAUGAACGCCACUGGGCUUCAUUUGGACUAUGUACAGUGCCAAAGUCGCAUAGCUCACCCAGUAGUGCCAUGCCAUCUUAAGUUUCCUGCGUUGUUUUUAUCUUCUCCGCAGCAGAAAAUGAGGCUGUUUUUAUGUGCGGUUUAUGUUGAAACAGUGUGGCAUUGAGUUGCCACCACCAUGCCGAGCCGUACUUCACUUUGCUAAAAAAUAUUUAUCGCUAGCUUAUGCAGUGGUGCGUAGCUGUAAAUGCUUGCAUGUUGCUAUGGUAUCUUCUGGGAGGGCUGAUUGGCUGUAGAGGGAAUCAAACAUACUUGGUUGUGCAUGGAAAUAGAAGCUACUGUAAUACAGUCAUACCUUGAUAUAUAACGAACGUGGAUAUAAUGACUUGUCGGACAUAACAAAGUAAGUUGAAAUGUUUGUUUUUUUGGUAAUAUUGGCGUGUGUGCUUAUAACGAAUAUCUGGUAUGAUGAAAGUAUUUUCAUCUCAAAUGUGACCGCUAUAACAAGGUUCUGCCGUGUAUAAAGAAAAUGCAUGCAUGUUAGGCCAUUUUAUCUAGAAGUGGUUCUUCGUCAUGCACACAAGCUACUUCGAACUCGAGAUCUUGGAUGCCAUUGCUCGGCUAUCUUUUUGGGGCUUUUUCUUGUCACCAACUUCGUCUGUGGAACAUAAGCGCAUCCUACCUUCCUUAGCUUUUCUUAUCUUUAAGUUGUGAGCCUCCAAGCGUUGACCUUGCCUUGUAUAGAUUUAAACAGCCUAGAUUUGCUUAGCACCUUUGUUGUCAUGUCUAUAGUUUACAAAGCCAUAGUAGUCUCACAAUGUUUUUCAUAGAUGGGUAGCUUGGAUUCUAAGUUUUCUGUUUCUUUCUACCUUGUAAACCAUUACAGCUAAUGCUUUCUUACAAGCUAGCCUCUAGCUGAGUGCCCAUAUGAAUGCAUAGGCACCAAGUGGUUGUGGCAGACUGUUUGCAUUUAUUCACAUAGUAUUUCUUAGCUCCUACUUAAAGUUUGCUUUGUCACAUGGAUCCCUGUUCGAGAAAUGCCUAAUGCAUAAGCUCCUAGGGCGUAUCAUUACUAGUCCACAUAUAUCCACCUUUUGAAGCAAGCGUUGACGGGCGUCGCCAAAUAAAUUGGACUCUAUGGUUUGCACCGCUGUACAGAAAUGAGCUAAUAGGUGCGGGUGCACAGGGCUCUGGUACGCAGCUGUUAUACUGGAAAGCAGGUGUCACGAGUGUCGUGAAGAGGUCCACAUGUCCCUUGCCAGAAGAUGCCCCAUCUCUUUUGGGCCACGCCUGAACUUGUUUCCGUCAACUUAGACCUUGAGCACAGUUCUGGAUUUUCAGAUAUAAAUCUUCAAACAGUUGUCAUUUUCCUACACAUGGAACACUGCUCUGCAUUUGUUGCAUGCUUCUAGCGCUGUGUGCAUGGACUCGCCAACUCAUCACAGUGAAGCAACAGCUACGGGUUAUGUCAGCUGGGUGCAAGAACCAGACGAUGAGCCUGUUUGUUGUCAUUAAGUUGUGUUCAUUGGUUGUGUCCUGCAGUGGACAUAAAUAUAGGCUGAUGAUGAUGAUGAUUGGUUGUGUAAUGAGCAUUUCUGCAUAUAUUUCUGUUUGGGAAUACUGAAGCUAAAGGUUACCCUUGAUGACUUGCUGAAGUGGUCUGGACUCCAAUUCACAUCCCUGUGAAGACAUUUCCUAAGCUCUUUCUUAUUGGCUGAUGCAGUGGAAUCGGGAGGGCUUGUUCACAUGGAAAACGCAAAAGCAUCCUGGCAGCUGAUUCUCUUACUGUGUCUAAUGUCAUUGACUCGCUUGCCAAUUUUCUGCCAACAGUUGAAUCAUUGGCUGUCCUACAGUGAGGCCAUAAAAGGCUUUGUAACGAAAUUACACGUGCAAAUAAUCCAAAUUUAGCUAGUCACUAAUGCUUUCAAACAAGAAAAACAUAUUGAGAACCAUUUUUACAGUUGUAGCUUUUGUGCAAAGGCCAUGAGCCUGCUUUCAAGUGUUGUGUUCUAUUUCAAAUGUUCAUGCAGAAGUUGCACAAGUGUUGUGUUACCACAGAUAAGUGAGCUCACAGAUCAAACACUGCAUUGCAGCCAUUGGCAGCCAGUUAACGCUUGUAGCAAUUGAACCUUCUCAUCUGCUUCCAUUAAGCUGACAAGAUGAAUGUUUCUUAGGUACCGUCUCCCAAGAGGUAGGAAUCGGAAUACAGGCACUGUUACUAGAAAUGGGUACUCUGCGCAGACAGUAGAACAGUUGUUCAGCUCAUAGUGAUGUGAAAGGCUCACGGCUGUGUACUCAUUUGAUUCGCAGAGGAAAUGUUUUAUAAGCACAACUACUAGCCUCCUGAUUGCCUGGAGGGUCGAUUUAUGUGACAGCUUGAAGGAUGCAGUCUGUAGUAAUUUGUUUCUCUAUUUACUUUAUACCAAAAGCAGGAGAUCUGCUGCUUGCAAAGUUUUCAUGACAAGCAUUGUAGUGCCACUUUUGUGAUAAGUUUUUAUAGUUCUAGUAAGGUCUUGCAAAACCUAUAAUAUCACUUGUGUUCGGGGCAUCACAAUUAGUUCUGGCAAGCAUGCCAUAGAUGUUCAGUGUGCUUGUCUACUAUAGUCAGUGGCAGAUACAGAAUGCAGUGAAGCAUGCCCUUCAAAUGUCCCACUUACCUUUCCCGAUUGCUGUCCAUAUACUUGCCUUCACCUUGUUGCGGCGCUGCUUUGGCACGAACCUCUAUAUCCUGGCUAGAGAGGAGUUGAUCAUUAGGUACAAACCAUGCCAACAUCUGUGGAGGGAUUGACUCCAGCUCCUAUGGUGUGCCUUGACUGCAAUGCACAUCCAGUAUUACUGCGCAUGUGUUUGCCUUGAGCCAUCUUCUUCAUCCCUGCACUUGUCAGAGUUGGCUGUUUGUAUUGGGUGACUGCAUUGGGCUAGUUGGUAAACCAGUGGGGCACUACCUCCGUAUUUUGUGUGGCGGGAUGGAAACCAGGUGCAGCUCUCCUUCGUGGGAGGAGCAUCCCCUGCAUUCCCAACAUGUCACUGACUAUAACGUGAAAUGAUAUUGCAUUAUGUGUUGCAAACAUUUUAAAACUUAGUGAAACAGUGUCGCAACAGCUUCUUCGUUGAGGUUCACGCAGUAACGUAACCACCUUACUCUGAGGACAAGGCCGUCCAUGUAGCAGUUCUAGGAGAGUGAGAAGUGUACGGUUGUGCAGAUUGAGUUUGUGUCAUAGCGCAGUGGUUCCUAAUUAGUUGUAUGUUGGUGCUGGUUGCUUCCUGCAAGGAAAACUCUCCAUGGCACCUUCAAUAGGGUUAUUUUUAAUGUGUACUGAGCUUGCCUUUGUUUUACUGCAUUUUUAGUAGCUCUUAGAUGCAUUUAUCAUUUUUGCCACUCCUCAUCUCGCUGUAAUAGUCAAAGUUCAUUGCGAGCGUUUCAUUCCUGGAACAUGCUGGUGUGCCACAGCAUGCAUUGCAUGUGCCACACACCUGCGCUGCUUGCCAUGAAAGAAAUGUCGUCCCUGGAUGUGGUGCAGCUCUUGUCACUCGUUUCCAGCGCCUAUUGCCUGUGCCACGUCGUCGCAAACAGGCCAAACACAAAGCUGGGCCUACUUGAGGGGGGUGCAGAGGUUCCGAGAUUCUCAAGUAUUUUUUCACGGGUGUCCCGUACUAUGUCUGUCUCUCUCUCUCUCUCUCUGUCUGAGCCCUGCGAGUGCUGUAUUGUCUCAAGGUCGCACCCUGUCUGAGGGGGGGUGCUCGAAUGGUGAUACAAAGGACUGUGUUGUGUGACCACCACUCGUAGCUGAAAACGUAGUAUGCCUGUGUGUGCGUGUGUGUAUGUAUGUGCGCGUGUCUAAAAGCUGUGUUUUCCCCCUGGAAGCCUUGUGUGUGGUGGGCUGCACCUCCUCUGCCAGGCGGAGAAGAGACUGGGGAGCGCGACCGGAAGAAGGCGAGAGUGUAUCAUAUGGCACGUGCUUUGUGCCCAGAGACGUGUUUGUGAGUGAUGUAAAAGAAAAAAUAAUAAAAGUGAAUUAUAGAGCUAGGA